GUCAAUAGAUUCAAGCGCCGUGAAAUAAGUGGUCAAUGCGGGUCAGUCAGUGUUGUCAAGCUACAUAUCAGCUAUGACUCGCUAGUAACAAGGAUCCUACUGGACUUCAUGGAUCUACGACAAAGAUGGCUGACAUUAGCGAGGGACAUCCUGAGAAUUCAGGAGGAUGUCUGUCAAAAGUGGUGGGGGUACAUUGAACAAAAAUACAGCGAGAGUCAGAGACACUACCACACCUUAAGCCACUUGGAGGAAAUGUUUCAACAUUUUGACCAGUAUCAUGAGAAAUUGGACAAACCAGAACUUGUAUCACUAGCUAUAUAUUUUCACGAUAUCAUUUAUGAUCCAAAAGCCUCAGACAACGAGGAAAGAAGUGCGGACGUGUUUACGCAGUUUGUGAAAGAAUCCAGUGCUAACCUGAAAGAAGACGAGAGGGAUAAAGUAAGACAUUGGAUUUUGCUCACAAAAUCUCACAGUGUUCAGGAAAGAGCAGAAGCUGACUUGCAGUAUUUUCUUGAUAUGGACAUGGCGGUGCUUGGUAGAACCCCUGAAGAUUAUAGGAAAUAUGCCGCACAGAUCCGUGAUGAAUACAGUCAUUAUCCUGAUCAGGAUUAUAGAAAAGGGAGAUCAGCCGUCUUAAAAGGAUUUUCUCAGCGACAGAGAAUUUAUGCUUCAGACGAAUUUCAUAAACUAUACCACGAUAUUGCUGUUCAAAAUAUGACGGCCGAAAUACUGACUUUACAGAGUUAGUCAAGGCUUUGUGCCUUUCUAUAAACAACUAUGAUACUCUUCAUCCGUUGCAUUAUAAUAUUUGAUCAAUUCAUGUAUUUAGAACUGUAAUUUUCUAUAUUGAUGUAGCUCGUUUAUUUUUCCCACCUCACGAGGUUGAUUUAAAAAUAAAAUUCAUGUAGACCUUACCAGUAUGACAAACAAUAUGGCUGGUGGUUAAGAUGAUGCUCCACUUAUGCAUGUAAUGGUGUAGUAAUAGAGUAAAGAUAUUAUGCAUUGCAAA